UGGUGCGUGCAUGCCCUGCACAGCCAGGCCCAGCCAUGAGGACACAGCCAGUGUGGGAAGGGGAUCGUAGAACCAUAAAAUCAGAAUGGUUCAGGUUGCAAGGGGGCUUGAAGAUCAUCCAGUUCCAAAACCCCUGCCACGGGCUGUGAUAAUUUCCACACACCAGAUUACUGCAGCCCCAUCCAGCCUGGCCCCGAAGACUUUGAGGGAUGGGGCAUCCACAGCUUCUCUGGGCAACCUGUUCCAGUGCCUCACCACCCUCAGAGUAAUAAAUUUCUUGCCCAACAUCUAAACCUUCCCUCUGUUUGAAACCACUCCCCUUUGUCCUGUAAUGACAUACUCUUUGUCCCUGUCCAUCUUUAUUGUAGGUGCCCAUCAGGUACUGGAAGGCCACAAUUAGGUCACACCAAACCCUUCUCCAGGCUGAACGAUCCAAAUUCAGACAUCCCUUGUAGGAGAGGUGCUCCAUCCCUCUGAUCAUGUUGCUGUUCCUCCUAUGGACUAUCUCCAACAGGUGAAAGUCCUUCCUGUGCAGGGGACUCCAGAGCUGGAUGCAGCACUGCAGGUGGGCUCUCACCAGAGCAGAACAGAGGGGCAGAAAACUGUCCCUUGUCCUGCUGGCUGUAGUGCUCUGGAUGCAGCCCAGGACACCACUGUCUUUCUGAGCUGUGACUGCUCAUGGUGAACUCAUGGCCAGCCUCUCAUCCACCAGCACCUCAGGGAUGCUGCCCUCGAGGUAUAACAAGGGACCACUGACACCUCUGAUAAAGAGCAGAUGGACCUUCAUAUUUUGAGGUGCAGUGACCUGCAGCACUGCAUCUGGGAGCUUUCCUCGUGCCUGGGAACAGCCAGAGUGCCACCUCUUGCUCCUGGAGUGAACUACACCAGCCUGCCAGUGGGAAUCCCCCUCCCUCUGUCCCACAUCAUUCACAGCCAUCACCUCUUUGCACUGCCAGGCACCAAAACCCAUGUGGGAGCUCGGAUCCCCCAUCCCACUUCCAGCUUCCUUUGCUGGUCAGGGCUUUUGUACCCACAGCUUCAACACAGAAUCACAGAGUAGGUCAGGUUGGAAGGCACCACAUGGUGGAUCAUCUGGUCCACCACCUCUGCUUAAGCAGGGUCAGCCUAGAGCACAGGGCACAGGAUUGUGUCCAGACACUUCUUGAGCAUCUCCAGUGAUGGAGUCUCCACAAUCUCUGCAGGCAAUCUGUUCCAGUGCUGAGUCACCCACACAGUAAAGUUCUUCCUCAUUUUCAGGUAUUAUUUCCUGUGCAUCAGUUUGUGGUUUCUGCCUCUUGUCCUAUUAACUCGGCAGCACCGAGCAGAGCCUGCCUCUGUCCUUCACACCCUCCCUUGAGAUACUUAUUGAUGAGCUCCCCUCUCAGCCAUCUCGAGGCGGAAUAGGCCCAGCUCCCUCAUCCUUUCCUCUUAAGAGAGAUGCUCCUGUAUCUUAAUCGUCUUUUUUACCCUCUGCUGGACUGGCUCCAGGGGCUCCAUGUCUCUCUUGCACUGAGAAGCUCAGAAGCAGACAGAGUACUGCAGAUACUGGAAUGGAAAGACUUAAGAUUGAUUUCUAUUAUUAUUUCCCUUGAACACUGAAAAGACAACGUCUCCAAACACUGUUUUGCAGCAGCGACACGGGCCUGCCAUACACUCCGGCCCUGACACCUUCUGUCCCCGCCCCUUCCCCGCUGUACUGCGGCUCCACGCAGCUUCAGGCCGGCAGAGCUACGCGGCUCCCGGCCUCGGGGGGAGCUGCAGGAUGAAGCCGGGGCACUGCGGAUUCCCGCUGCCCUGCGCCAGCCAUAGAGCCCAAGAGGCGCCGCCAUAAGCUCUGUGGAAUACUCUGGAAGUGGUUUUCUAGCCGCAGCUGUGUUCCUCCGCGACGGGGUGCGGAAAAGAGUUCCUCGCCGGGGCUCCCCGCCGCCCCUCGCCGUGGCGCUAGGAGGUCCCGGUCCUGCUGCCCUCCGAGCGUCGCGGCGAAGGGCGGCGGGGAGCCGCGGCUGACGCCUGCAAAACGGCAGCAUGAAGCCGAGCAUUCAUUGCACGCCCGCCCCCGCCAUGGCGGCCGCUAAACAGCAACGCCGGUGCCUCCCACACACCAUCGAUCUGUGGUUCGCUGACCAAGACCCCUUUAAGGCGGAAGGAUACAAUGUGCCGUGAGGCUCCCCCUCGUUCCGAGCCUAUAAAAAGCGGCCGGUGAGGGGUUGUAGCCCUCUCGCCGGUCCCUCACGCCCGAGACGAUGCCCGAGAAAGUGCAGCACGAGGAGGAAGAUGCGGAGACCUUCGCCUUCCAGGCGGAGAUCGCCCAGCUCAUGUCGCUCAUUAUCAACACCUUCUAUUCCAAUAAGGAGAUCUUCCUGCGGGAGCUCAUCUCCAACGCCUCCGACGCCCUGGAUAAGAUCCGCUAUGAAAGCCUGACCGACCCUUCCAAGCUGGACAGUGGGAAAGACCUGAAAAUUGACAUCAUCCCCAACCCCCGGGACCGCACACUGACCCUGGUGGACACUGGCAUUGGGAUGACAAAAGCAGACCUCAUCAACAACCUGGGCACCAUUGCCAAAUCUGGGACCAAAGCCUUCAUGGAAGCCCUGCAGGCUGGCGCAGACAUCUCCAUGAUCGGGCAGUUUGGUGUGGGUUUCUACUCUGCCUAUCUGGUGGCUGAGAAGGUGGUUGUCAUUACCAAGCACAAUGAUGACGAGCAGUAUGCUUGGGAGUCAUCAGCUGGGGGCUCAUUCACUGUCCGAACUGACCAUGGUAAGCCCAUUGGACGUGGCACCAAAGUGAUCCUGUACUUGAAGGAGGACCAGACUGAGUACUUGGAGGAGCGUCGUGUGAAGGAGGUGGUGAAGAAGCACUCCCAGUUCAUUGGCUACCCCAUCACGCUCUAUCUGGAGAAAGAACGUGAGAAAGAAAUCAGUGAUGAUGAAGCAGAGGAGGAGAAAGAUGAGAAGGAGGAAGAGUCAGUGUCCAAAGAUGAAGAGAAACCCAAAAUCGAGGAUGUGGGCUCUGAUGAGGAGGAGGAGGGAGACAAAGGCAAGAAGAAAAAGACCAAGAAAAUCAAGGAGAAAUAUAUUGACCAGGAGGAGCUGAACAAGACCAAACCAAUUUGGACCCGCAAUCCCGAUGACAUCACCCAGGAGGAGUAUGGCGAGUUCUACAAGAGCCUCACCAAUGACUGGGAGGACCACUUGGCUGUCAAGCACUUCUCUGUGGAAGGGCAGCUGGAGUUCAGGGCCCUGCUUUUCAUCCCGCGCCGUGCCCCUUUUGACCUCUUUGAGAACAAGAAGAAGAAGAACAACAUCAAGCUGUAUGUGAGGCGGGUCUUCAUCAUGGACAGCUGUGAUGAGCUCAUCCCUGAAUACCUAAACUUCAUCCGGGGUGUUGUGGACUCGGAGGACCUUCCUCUGAACAUUUCUCGUGAGAUGCUCCAGCAGAGCAAGAUCCUCAAAGUGAUACGCAAAAACAUUGUGAAGAAAUGCUUGGAGCUCUUUUCUGAGCUGGCAGAAGAUAAAGAGAACUACAAGAAAUUUUACGAAGCUUUUUCCAAGAAUCUGAAGUUGGGCAUCCAUGAGGACUCCACCAACCGAAAGCGCCUUUCGGAGCUGCUGCGGUACCACACGUCCCAGUCAGGCGAUGAGGUGGCUUCGCUCUCCGAGUAUGUGUCCCGUAUGAAGGAGAAUCAGAAGAGCAUCUACUACAUCACAGGGGAGAGUAAGGAGCAGGUCGCUAACUCAGCCUUUGUGGAGCGUGUGCGGAAGCGUGGCUUUGAGGUGGUAUACAUGACAGAGCCCAUCGAUGAGUAUUGCGUGCAGCAGCUCAAGGAGUUUGAUGGCAAGACCCUGGUAUCAGUCACCAAAGAGGGGUUGGAGCUGCCUGAGGAUGAGGAAGAGAAAAAAAAGAUGGAGGAGAGCAAGGCCAAGUUUGAGAACCUCUGCAAACUUAUGAAGGAAAUCCUGGACAAGAAGGUGGAGAAGGUCACCGUCUCAAACCGGUUGGUCUCGUCUCCCUGCUGCAUCGUCACCAGCACCUACGGUUGGACAGCCAACAUGGAGCGCAUCAUGAAGGCUCAGGCACUGCGGGACAACUCUACCAUGGGCUAUAUGAUGGCCAAGAAGCACCUGGAGAUCAACCCUGACCACCCAAUUGUAGAAACCCUUCGCCAGAAGGCUGAUGCUGACAAGAAUGACAAAGCUGUUAAAGAUCUGGUGGUGCUGCUCUUUGAGACUGCUCUGCUGUCUUCUGGUUUCUCCCUGGAAGAUCCCCAGACCCACUCCAACCGCAUCUACAGGAUGAUCAAACUUGGGCUUGGCAUAGAUGAAGAUGAGGUGGCUGCAGAGGAGCCCAGUGCAGCUGUCCCUGAGGAAAUCCCCCCUCUGGAGGGAGAUGAAGAUACAUCCCGCAUGGAAGAGGUAGACUAAAGGAGGAAGGUUCUUCCUUCACCUGCCAGACCUCUGCUCUAUCUAGAUGGUCUGCUCCCACCAGCUGCUACUGACUUCUUGGUGGUGUCUAUUCUUUUGGCUCUGUUUGGUUUGGGUUGUUUUUGGCAGGGUGCAGGAGGGCAUGAUUCCCUGUUUGUUAGUAGUGAUUCAGGUAGUCUGAGGCCUGUUUGUUCUGUGUCUUUCUGCUUGUGUAGAAACAGCUGAUGGGGAGAGGAGGUGUGAGGAGGCAUCAGGCUUCCCCUCUCCCCUUCAUGGAGUGUCCCAUGUUACCAGUAGGCAUCAAACACUGUUCUUAUUCCUUUGGGGUGGGAGAGCCCUUCCUCCAAACUGCUGCCUCCCUGAAGCCCCAGGAUAGCAUAAUGUAUUUCGGUUGGGUUUUGUUUGAUUAUUUUUCUGGAAUUUUGUUCUACUGGAAUUAAAGAAUUGAUGAUUUA